UUAGAGCUUGCCGUUAGCGAGAAAGUGCAAACAGCUGUUAUGUAUUCAUAGUUUGUUUUGAUGACAGCCUUGAGAGUAUUUAGCGAUAAGAGAGCCAAUUUCGACCAGUAGCGUAACUCAACGCAUAUAUUCCGUGUACAUCUGUAGGAAUAUUCGCACUGUUGCUGAAGGAACCUCUGAAAAAGUGCAGGAGCUGAAACACUUCCAGAUGAUGACCUUCAAAACUGAAACAAACCUGAAUGCAGUCUGUGUGCAUUGUGGGAGCUGGGGCUGCUGGUCUGUGUGCAGCAAGACUUUUGAGUGCCACUCAUGGCUUCAACAUAGUGGUUUUUGAGCAGUCUACAACAGUUGGUGGCACUUGGCGAUACACCGAUGACCCUGCUGUGGAUCCACAUUCCAGUAUGUACUGCAACCUAAGAACUAAUUUGCCAAAGGAAAUAAUGGGAUUUCCAGACUACCCAUUCCCUGAAUCAGGUGAUUCUUUCGUGCAUCACAGUAAGGUUUUAAAAUAUUUGGAACAUUAUGCCAUCCACUAUGAGCUUCUCAAAUAUAUAAAAUUCAAGACCAGAGUAAAACAUGUGACACCGAAACAUCCUCAGGAUAACAGGACAGCUUGGAUAGUAACAGUGGAGGACUUAAGAACAUGUACAGAAGAAACAUCCAUAUUUGAUGCAGUAUUUAUAUGCAAUGGGCACUAUUCUGAGCCAUACAUCCCUUAUAUUCCUGGACUAGAAAAAUUCAGUGGUGAAGUCUUCCACAGCCAUGUGUAUCGUAAACCAGAUGGUAUAAGUGGACCUGUUUUAGUGUUAGGAGCAUCAUCAUCUGGAAUUGAUAUCAGUCUUGAAUUAGCUGCUGCCAUGGAACAGAAAAUAUAUCUUAGUUCAAGAAAAGAAGAAAGAUACACUUGUGAAUUGCCACCAAAUGUUAUCCAAGUUCCUGGAGUGUCGUAUGCAACUGAAGAUGGUUUUGUUAUGGCAGAUGAUUCUGUUUGUAAAGUGAAAACACUUAUUCUGUGUACAGGUUACUGUUACUCAUACCCCUUUCUGUCUGAAGACUGUAAAAUGGAUCAACCGGAUCACUGCAGAGUAAAUCCUUUGUACAAACACUUGAUUCAUAUGGAUUUCCACACACUCUACUUUCUUGGAAUCCCGCUUAUAAUUGUGCCUUUCCCAAUUUUUUAUUAUCAGGUGAAAUUUUGUAUGAAAGUGCUUGAUGGCACAUUAAGAUUGCCAACUCAUGCUGAGAUGGAACGUGAAACUUCUGAAGAUUUACAACUACGGUUAUCAUUGGGAAUGCCAGAACGUUAUCAGCACAAAAUGGGUAACCUGCAAUGGAAUUAUGUUGAUAAUUUAUCUCAGUUGGCAAAUGUUCCUCCUUUGCCUCAGUUCUAUAAACAAAUUUAUGAGAAGGUCAGUGAGCAUAGAAAAACAAACAUUUUAGGUUACAGGGAAGCCAAUUACUCAACAGAAACUUGUGAUAGAAUAUGAUAGUAACCUUGAAAAUGAUUUACUUAACAAAAGUUAACACUUUAUGUUAAAUAUACUGUUUAAAUACCAACUUCCUUUUAUGAAUGAAAUUAUGUAUAUAUUUUGCUUCAUUAAAAUUUCACAAUUUUAUGUUUUGA